AUGUUUUUAAAAGAAUGUAACGUAGAUCCAUUUUUGGAAGCAGUCACUAUAGCAAGUGCUUGCAACUUAGCAUUUAGAAGAAACUUCCUCAAGCCAGACACCAUAGGUAUUAUUCCUAUAGGUGGUUAUCGUCUUGCCGAUAACCAAUCUGCAAAGGCUCUACAGUGGUUGGCUUUGGAAGAGGACAAAAGAAAUGUGAGGAUUCAACAUGCUGGCAACAGUCGAGAAUUUAAAAUUCCAGGCAUUGGAAAGGUUGACGGGUUUGAUGGAGAAAUAGUUUAUGAAUUUUAUGGUUGCUAUUUCCAUGGAUGUCCGAAAUGUUUUCCAUAUAAAAGAAAAGAACCUCUUCAAGAUGAUCUAUCAGACAGUUUACACUUGCGGUACGAAAGAACCAUAGAAAGAACAGGAAGGAUACGACAGCAGUUUGAUGUAAUAGAUAUGUGGGAGUGUGAAUUUGAUGAUUUGAAGAAGAGAAAUAAAUUGCAAUAUCUUAACAAUAUCCCGAUUCUAAACACAAUCCCACUAAACCCGAGGGAUGCUUUUUAUGGGGGCCGAACCGGAAACUCAAAGACAUACUAUAAGUGUAAGAAGGAAGAAGGAGAACAGAUAUUCUACGUAGACAUUUGUUCUCUCUAUCCUUGGGUCUGCAAAUACGGUAUGUUUCCUGUAGGACAUCCUACGAUAUUUGUUGGUAAUGAAGAAUGUCUAAAGAGAGGAAUGGAAGCUGAAGGACUUCUUAAAUGUAAAAUUCUACCCCCUACAAAUCUUUAUCAUCCUGUAUUACCGGUGAAAAUGAAUGAUAAAUUAAUGUUUGUCUUGUGUCGUGUGUGUGGAGAGAACUUGUCAUCUUCUGGAGAGUGUCACCAUGGAGUGGAAGAGAGAGCUUUGGUAGGAACAUGGACUAUGAUGGAAAUAAGAAAAGCUGUGGAGAAAGGCUACGUAAUUCUAGAGCGAUAUGAGUUGUGGCAAUAUGAAAUGGCUACUUUUGAAAAUGGAGGUUUAUUUACAGAAUUCAUCGACAAGUUUUUAAAAACCAAGCAAGAAGCUUCAGGUUAUCCCGACUGGUGUAAAACAGAAGAGGAAAAACAACGAUACAUAAAAGACUACUUUGACCAUGAAGGAAUUUCAUUAGAUUCUGACAAAAUCGAGAAAAAUGAAGGGAUGCGCUCACUUUCUAAACUUAUGCUCAACUCAUUUGGGGCAAGUUUGGACAGAGGCAAAACCAGACCAAAACGUUAG